UUAGCCAACACUGCCAGCUGUCAUUGGUUCGAGGCAUUAGCCAACACUUCUCGGCUUGCAUUCAGAAAAUACAAAAUAAUUGUUUUCAUUGCAAAUCUUUAGCAAGUUAAGCAAAAAUGUCGUUGUCUCCAUUUUUGCGCCUCCCCUUGACCGAUUUAACCGGCUGUCUGAUUAACCAUCAGACCUACGACAAAUGCGGACAAUUCGAAAUGAAAAUGAUGGAGUGCUUUGAGGCCUACGGCCUGGAGCGCGGAAAGCGCGAAUGUGCCGACCUUAUUUCCGAUUUCCAGGAGUGCGUUGGCAUGCAAAAACAGCUCUUGCGAUUCCAUGCCAUGCGAAAUGAACGCUACAAGCAGUGGCUCAAGGGAGAGCGCAAGGGCAACGAGUUCUAUGCUGAUCCCCCUCGUGUGGAUGCCUAUUAAGUGUGGAGGAAUCUUUAUUGAGUAAAAAGCAUAUUGUAUAGCCGCAAAUUGUGUAAAAAUAAAGAAAAUUAAAAUUAA